AACAAUGACCCUAAAGAUAUGCCUGGUGCUGGUGAACAAGAAGAACCAGAUAUUGAAGUUGAUAAAGAAAAUGGUAAUCCACAGGCAUCAGGAGCAAAGGAUGUGGUUGAAAACCUCCGGGAAAUGGCUCAAGAUUUGAUUGAAACAAAGCUCUUGUUUGACACAGAGCUGAAGUUGGCAUUGGAAAAAGAGCCGGCUAAUAUAGGUCUUCUGGAUAUCCAACAGCUCAUCAAUGAUGUAUUUGGUCAACAGAAAACAAGUAACAUCCCCAGAAACUCCUCGCCAGAUACAGUCUUGGAAGAUGAUUUUGAAUUGAGACGAGAAGAAGUCCAACAAAUUGAUCUUAUUCAUUUUGUCCAAUCAGCAAAAUCAACUGUCAAGACGACCACCUUAUUUGGUGAGGAUGACAAAAAGGAUGAAUACCCAUCCUUUUCACUUGGGAUAGAUGAAGACAUCAAUGGAAAUCAGGCAGAACAAGCUGCUAUGAUAGAAGAAGCUGUUCCGGUAGAAGAAAAUGUGCCAAUUCCAGCAACUGAAAUUACUCCAAAACCAGCAUUAAGAGAGAAGAGUACAAGAGCCUUGAAGAUGGGUCGAUACGGAAAAUCUCCAUUUCUUGAAAGAGUGAUUGACAUCUCUUCAAAAAUAACAAAUCAAGAAUUUGGCAUUUGGAGAUUUAUGAUUCCAAACAAAAAUCCAAUUGAACAAUUGUUCGUCUUCAAUGAUUAUUAUUGCAUAAGGGAAGACAUGCAAACAUUAAGAAUUGGUAAAAAUCUUGCCACUUCAGUUGUUGACACAUGGGCUCUAAUUUUGAAUGAUGCUGAAAAGUUCAAAUCAGAUGACUCCCCACUUCGUCUUUUCUGUACAAUUGGUUGUGUGCAACCAACACUGGAUGCAAACACAUACCAGUUAUUCGCUGACAAUAUGGAUGACAUGCUGAUACAAUUCAACAGGACAAGAUUGGAUAUCGUAGAAAUGGUAUUUUUUCCCAUAUGUGCAUUUGAGCAUUUCUAUUUGAUUUUCUAUAAUAUAAAGAAUGCAGCAUACGAGAUUAUAGAUAAUAUAGACAGAGAAAUUGAUGCACAGAUUUGUUAUGGCGAUAAACCAAGGAUGCUGCAUUUUCACUUCACAGACUACUUGGAAUCUAAGGGUCUCAUUAAUAUAGCAAGAAGACUUAGAAGGUUGACGCCGACCUUCACAAAAAUGACCUGGCAAACAACAAGAAACUCAAUUGAUUGUGGAAUUUUUCUGAUGCGCCACAUGGAAAGUUAUAUGGGAGAUGCAAGAACGUGGAGUACUGAUUUGAAUGCAGAACAGCAUGGCCAGGAAAAUCAACUGAUCAAACUUCGGAUCAAGUACAACAAUGCCAUCCUUUCAUCACAACUAAACCAGAAGAGGAAACAAAUUCUCAAAGAAGGGAAGGAGCUCUACAUUGAAUCUGCAUCAAGGAAACUGGUUAAUCUUGUUAUCCAUUCAUCCCAAUCAUCUCAGGAAGAAAGUCAGUCAAAGAAGAGAAGAGGACAAGUUGAAAACAAGAAAAAAGUCAGAUUCGCAAGAAAUUUAUCAACUACAUUUGAGGAAGCUGAUACGGAGAUGGAUGAAGUUUGAUUUGCAUUUCUUAGGAAUUCUAAAAAACAUAGUUCUGAAAACAUAGCUGGUUAAUUCAAAAUGAUGAAUUUGGAUUUGCAAGUACUUGUGAUUAAUUGUUCACAUACUACUGAAUAUUGCUUUAGCUUGUAGCGAUUAUGGAUUUGCACCAGUAUUUUGAUGAAUCUAUUAA